AUGAUGACACGUAAUGCCUUCGCACAAAUUUUCGGGUUUAGAGACUACCGAGGAGGAAAAGACUACAAGAUGGCUGCGUCAAGAGCACUCGUAACACAAUUGAGGCGAUUCACAUCAUGUGAUAUUGGUGAUGCUCUAGUGAAGCUGAAAUACCCCCAGGGUGGGUUUCUCGAUGGCCUCAGGAUGUUCUCGCCCGGCACACCUGCCAAGUCCGUUGGGACAGUUGUGACCGUGAAGAUGGUCGAGGCGAGUGAUACAAACGCACCGAAGCCUGAGCGGCACUUUGCCGAUUGCAACGAGCCUGGGUCUAUAAUGUAUAUUCAACAGCCAAAGGGUCUGUCAUCGGCAUGCUGGGGAGGGCUCAUGUCCACGAGGGCAAAAUAUCUCGGUGCUGAAGCUGUUGUGAUUGAUGGUCGUUUCAGAGAUCUGGAGGAGCAUAGAGAGCUUCAGUUUCCACUAUUCGCGCGAGACUCGUCCAUUCUCGGCUCAAACACAUUCACAAGAGCGUCCGAGAUCAACGUACCUGUUCAGUUUAAGGGAGAUUUUUGGAUACAUCCCGGAGAUAUUGUCGUUGCCGACAUCGACGGGGUGGUAGUAACGCCUCCUUCGUUGGUAGAGCAGGUUGUCGCCUUGUGCCAAGAACGGGCUGAGAUUGAUGACCAAAUGUUCAAAGGUUUGCGCAAAGGAGGCAUGAUGGGUGACCUAAUCAAAACCUUACGCAAAGGUUCUUGA